AGGACGGUGGUGGCGGAAUCCAUUCCUUGCCAGGAGGAGGUGGAACAGUUGCAUCUGCAGCGUUUGUACGAAGGUUGGAUUGAUCUGUUUGACCUAAAAUAUUGCCAUCAGAUGAAACUAUCGAUGGCACAGCAGAUGGGACAGAGUCUUUGAAAGAUCAAAGCUUCGAUUUUUCCGUGGUUCAGACACAGAACUCAACUCUCCCACCACUUAUCAAUGCCAUGGAGGUCUACUUUGCUAAUAAACUCCCUGAGUCUCCCACCGAUCAGAAUGAUCGUAAGUUCUUCUCGUUGGCCGACCGAUCUUUUUUUCGGAUUCCGUGUUUUCUGAUACCCGACAACUAAUAAUCUUUGUGGAUCUCAGUUGUAAAUCUGCAUAUCGGAUCAAGAAGAGCAACUGGCAAGGAGAUCCAUGCAUGCCUCGAGCCUACUCGUGGGAUGGGAUAACUUGCAGUUACGACAAUGGUACAGUCUCGCCUAGAAUCGUAGCCCUGAACUUGUCAUCUUCUGGAUUGGCAGGAGUGAUAGUUCCCGAUAUAUCACGUCUCGAACGAUUACAAGUUCUGGACUUGUCAAAUAACAAUCUGUCUGGACCUGUACCGGCUUUCCUAGCUCAACUUCAAUUUCUGAGGAUCCUAGAUUUGUCAAACAAUCAGCUUACGGGUCCUAUACCAUCUGAGCUCGUUGCAAGAACAAGGGAUGGCUUGUCAUUACAGUAUCAUACCUUCGUUUUCUCUUCCUUGCCUCCCGAUUCCUCUAUACGAGUUACGGAUAUCGAUUUUGGAUCAAGCAAUCUACCGUGUUUGCUUGUUCAUUCCGGCUAAUCUCGCCUCGUUUGAACGCUUUAUCCUAUUGCAGUCUCAUUGGAAAUCCUAGUGUUUGCUCGGUAAGUUCCUGUGAGAUUCUACAAAGCAAGCCCGAGAAGAAGAAGAAACUUCCGAGAUUCGACGUUCCAUUAUUGGCAUCAGUUGCAGGGUUCUUUCUCCUCAUUUCUGUAUCUACGAUAAUACUGUUUUUCCUCACGACAAGGCGAAAACGAGGUACCCUUCACACCUGUCUACACGCUUAAAUUACACAACGAUGGUCUAAAUACUGUAAUGUUAUUUCCUGCAGGUCAUCCAAUUCAUAGGACAGUCAUGGCAACAAGUGGCCCGUCGUUACGUCGGAGAGAAACUGCUUCCAUACGUUCAUCGUUGCCGAGGAUAGAGAGUGGAAUGACUGAGUACGAGUUCAAUGAAACAGCUUUAGAUGUGUCAGGUUUGGACAGGACACAGAGGAAGUUCAAUUUCCAUGUCAACAACUUCCACAACUGGUAAAGUGGUCUUCUCAGGCAUUUCAUCUAAAGCAGUUACACCAGCCGAUUCUACUGAUUUCUCCUUUUCUUCCACGGAAGUUCAG